GGCUGUGGGGAUUUUUAACGCGGCCACCAAAACGUCACUUCCUCUCUCUCUCGUUGCUAGGCUACCAGAGCUUGUGUGCAGCUGAGUUAGCGUUAGCUGAGUUAGCUCCGAGCAAUGUUUCCUCUUUUCUCUCCGUUUUAAUGUGAAAUAAUCGUUCAGUCAUGACUCCAACGCCGAUUAAAGACGGCGAGUACACCGCCACAGUCUACAAAAUGAUUAAAGAACGACGCUAUGGAGACGCGAUUCACGUCCUGAGCACUGAGCUUCAGAAACAGAUGAAAUCCAGGGCUGCUCUCUCGCUCCUGGGCUAUUGCUAUUACCACAUGCAGGAUUUCACUAAUGCAGCCGAGUGUUACGAGCAGCUGAUUCAGCUGCAUCCAGAGGUGGAGGACUACAAACUCUACUACGCUCAGUCUCUCUAUGGAGCAUGUGCCUUCCAAGAGGCAAUGAAAGCCACUUUUCUUCUGGACAACCCCACGAGUCACACUAAGAUGGUAAAACUACAAGCUGCUAUCAAAUAUGGAGAGGAGGAUUUCCCUGCAGCAAUGGCCCUGGUGGAGCAGCUCCCUGUGGAUGACCCGGACACCGAUGUGGAUCAGGGCUGCCUGCUCUACAAGAUGGGCGAGUACGAAAAGGCCUGCCUGAAAUUUGUGGCCUCUAUGCAAGUGCUGGGCUAUCAGCCAGAUUUGGCAUACAACAUCGCCCUCUGUCACUACAGCCUCAAGCAGUACGCUGCAGCCCUCAAAUACAUCGGGGAGAUAAUUGAGCGUGGGAUGAGGGAGCAUCCAGAACUUGGAAUUGGCAUGACAACAGAAGGCAUUGAAGUGAAGAGUGUCGGUAACACGCUGGUGCUGCACAAAACGGCGUUGAUUGAAGCUUUUAAUUUGAAAGCAGCCAUCGAGUACCAGCUUAAGAAGUAUGAAGCUGCACAGGAAGCACUGACUGAUAUGCCACCGAGAUCAGAAGAGGAGCUGGAUCCAGUCACCCUUCACAAUCAAGCGCUCAUGAACAUGGACACAAAGCCGUCAGAGGGCUUUGAGAAGCUGGCCUUCCUCCUGCAGCAGAGCCCUUUCCCUCCAGUCACUUUUGGCAACCUGCUCUUGCUCUAUUGCAAGUAUGAGUACUUUGACCUUGCCGCUGAUGUGAUGGCUGAAAACGCACACCUCACUUACAAGUUUCUUUCUACAUACUUGUAUGAGUUCCUAGACGCCAUGCUGACGUCUCAAACAGCUCCAGAAGAGGCCUUUCGGAAGUUGGACGAAAUCGCUGGACGACUAACUGAGCAAUUACGCAAGGUUACCAAACAGGUACAGGAAUCACGCCGUAUGAGGGAUGACGAAGGCCUAAAAAAAUCUCUUGAAGACUAUGAUCAACUUCUGGAGGAGUACAUUCCCGUGUUGAUGGCGCAAGCUAAGAUUUACUGGAACCGCGAUAACUACAACAUGGUGGAGAAGAUUUUCCGCAAGUCGGUGGAGUUCUGCAGCGAGCACGACACUUGGAAGCUCAACGUGGCGCAUGUGCUUUUCAUGCAAGAGAACAAAUACAAGGAGGCCAUCGGAUUCUACGAGCCCAUCGUCAAGAAGCACUACGACAAUUGGUCAGGACCCCCAUGGACCCUCACAGAGCAGAUCCUCAACGUCAGCGCGAUUGUUCUGGCUAACCUGUGCGUGUCCUACAUCAUGACGAGCCAAAACGAAGAGGCAGAGGAGCUGAUGAGAAAAAUCGAGAAAGAAGAAGAACAGGUGUCCUACAACGAUCCAGACAAGAAGGUCUUUCACCUGUGCAUCGUCAACCUUGUGAUCGGGACCUUGUAUUGUGCGAAAGGGAACUAUGACUUUGGCAUUUCUCGUGUGAUCAAGAGCCUGGAGCCGUACAACAAGAAGCUUGGCACAGACACUUGGUUUUACAUCAAGAGAUGUUUCCUCUCCCUGCUGGAGAACAUGGCCAAGCACAUGAUCAUGCUGAGGGAUACAGUGGUUCAAGACUGCGUCCAGUUCCUGGAGCACUGCGAGCUGUACGGAAGGGAUGUGCCGGCCAUCAUCGAGCAGCCCCUGGAGGAGGAGCGCAUACACAUCGGCAAAAACACUGUCACGUUCGAGGCCCGCAUGAUAAAGGCCUUGUUCUAUGAAGUCACUGGCUGGAACGACUAGGGUUAUUAACGCCCUUUUAAUGUUCGUGAUGGUAAAAUGACGCUGGGAUUGUUUUUACCGGACACUCCCGAACAUGGCCAGCAUGUUCUGAUUAAAACAACACUCCAGCAUUUUUCACCCUGAUCUCUAUCUGUAGCACCAUAGACUGUAAUUCAAAAGAACAGGAUAAAAACAAAAAAAAACUGGCUCAUAAUUAAUCAAACUCCUCACAACAAGAAUGCAGAUCUGGGGUCAGCUUACAGCUUUUAUAUAACACACAAUCAAACGACAAGAACUGGAAAUACUUGAUAAAUAAGGGCCACACUUGACUGGACACACACUAAGAGUGCUUCAAUUAAAAUGGCUCAUUUUAAAGCUUAAAGUAAUGGUUUAAUGAAAAAUCUAAUUCGCACAUCUUUCCACCACAGAUGUAGUCGGCCGAGUCAAACACUAGAAGUCAAUAGUCACCCAAAGCUUUUGUUUUAAUACAGCCCCAAAACCCUCAAUCCACUCCAACUGCAUCCAGGUCCCCAUUAGGCUGCCAGCUGACUGUUGCUAAGACACACUAGAAGUCCUCAGUCACCAAAAUCGUAAAUACGCCCCCAAAACUUCUCUAAAUGUGCUUAAACCACGUCCAGCUCCUCAUAGAGGUUCCACUGAGGUGUUGAUGUAGCCAUUUUAGCCAACACAUAAAUAUUCAGGUAGAAAAUUUCAAUAUUGCCAAUUAUUUAUUAAUAGGAACACCAUCUGUAGUGUCUAUGUCCUUAUAUGAGACCAUAGGAGUCAGACUUUGGUACAAUCGCUGCAUCCAGCUACACAGUGUAGUUCUGUUUGUUUCUAGCUCAGGUUGUAGUAAGUCAUACUGUAUCCUAACCACACGAACAGGUCUCAAAUAAAGACCUGGACGCGGUUUGAGAGACGUUUUCUGGAUGUAUUUAUGGAAAAGAUUUGGGUGACUAUUGACUGGCAGUGUUGGUUAGCAGCAACCUUGUGGCUCCAGCACUAAACUAAAGAAGCAACAUUUGGACACCAAACAUGUCUUGGCUGAUCAACGACAUCUAGGCUAAGUGGACAAUUGCGUGCCUGAGAUUUUUUGCCAACAAUUUUGUAUCAGUUCAAUACCAGCAUAUCGCUGCUGUCGGGAAAACUGUCGUUUUUUUCAGCUUUUGACAUAAUUUGGAAAUGCCUGUUGCUCUUACAUUAAAAGUAAUUUUUUUUUUCCCUUCUCCAUGUUGGAGAUCCGGGGUUUUGUUCUGACAGCAGCGAUGUGCUGGUACUGAAAGAAAAGUCAAACGGGUACCGUGCCAACUCUGCAACUACCACAUCGAAAUGAUCACCCAUGGUUAUCGACCGUACGCUACGAUUGUUGCAGACAGAGAUUUAAGUGGAAAAACCUUCUACAACAGCAGUAGUGUGGUAGAGUUUCCCAGUCUUGAUGCUCUGCACUGCACAUUUUAGUGCUUUUCUUGAUUGAACAGAUCUGGUUUGAACCUUUCAUGAGGUUCAAAUGGCUAUAUUAAAGCUGGAAACCAGUCAUGUGCAGUGCAAGAGGGUCUCAGUACUCAACAGGGUCAGGAUUGGGGGAAAAAAUCGAAACUAUUUCACUGAUUAAUGCUUGUUAGAGUGUAAUUUCUUUUGCAAUACAUAGUUUUUGUGGCUUCAGUCUCGCUUCCCAUGCAGCUUGAGAGUACAUGCUGUUCCUGGAAUGCAGUCAAACAUGCAUUAUUGAGAAAGCUCUUUGGGUCAAAAUGCACCCACAGGGGUUCCAAACUCUGAGCAUUAAAACUACUUUUACUGAGUACCAACUGCAUGUGAACUACAAUUCAAACAUCUGUUUUUAGGUUACGGCUAUGAAACACGUCUACUCAUGAUUAUCUUCAUAUGGCGUGUUGUUUUAUUACCAGAGCAUCGCUCUUCGAUACUAUACUGCUAUUGAAAAAAUGUACAGAUUGUUUAUUUUUCUAUAGAAUAAAAAGGCAUGCGUGUUA